AUGUCUGCGCUCCAGCCUUCCUACAUAGGCUUUAUCGGCUCCACCAAAGAUGCGUUGCUUGUGAUCCAAGCGGCGCUCGAUAAAAAAAUCCCCACCGUCUCGCGCCGGCCGCUCCACCGCGAACGGAACCUGCUCAUUCGCCUGGGCCACGUUUUCGUGUUCAUUGAAGAGCGCUCGGGCAUCAAGCGCUGGACCGACGGCGUUUCGUGGUCGGCGUCGCGCAUUUUGGGCCGCUUUUUGGUGUACCGCCAGUUGGACACCUCGAGCGUGCGCGAAAAACACGCGCGGCGCAAGAACUCGCGCAAGUUUGCGUCGGUGCUCCCGCGGCGAUUUGGGCCGGGCGCGGGCGCGCGCGCCUCCAUCCGCCCUGCGGAGGACCACGGCCUCAUCAAGAAAACCAUUUCGGUGGCGCUCGACUCGUCGGCGGCCAAGUCGGAAACGGUGCAUUUAAUUUCCUAUUACUCGGCCCACGAUGUUCUUUCGGGCAAAUUGACUAGACCUACGCAGGGCAACCUUGCGCACAUUGACGUGCUGCGGCGGCUCUCGGACUCGGUUGGGUGUCUGUCGCUUGGAGGAAAAACACCUUCGGGCGACGAGGCACAGUACUUUUUGGACUCGAGCUACCAGCUUCUGGAUAUGCUGGUGUUCUCGGUGGCAGAUGCGGAGCCGCGUAAAAUUGCGCACGAUUCGGCGGACCACAGCAAUUUGCGUUUGGCUGCAGAUUCCAUAGCGUGGCUGCUGCAGGAGACCGCCCUGAUGAUGCAUUAUUUGCAGCCACCAGCAGCGGCGGCAGCGGCAGCAGGUGUCCUGCACCUAGCCCAAGGCCCUUUCCUGCUGCUGCUUCCUCCUUACUUCCCCACGUUGCACCAACCGCAAAAGUACGCGUCGCUGGGCCAGCUAGACUACCUUCUGUUGCAGUUGCCCCAGCAAAUGCAUACUUUGCAUCUGCAUGCUUCCAUGUUGCAGCCUCCCAUGCAGCAGGUUCCCGAGCAGUCGACGCACGUGCUGCAAAUGCUCACCCAGCAAUUCCCCACCCCUGAGGACUUGCAUACACCAGGGUUCCAUGCGUCACCUUACAGCUCGGAAACUCUUCCAUUCCCAUUGGGCUCCCCCACUUUGAACGCUGUCCAAGGAAGCCAGUUUUUGCUGCGGCCGUCUCUUUACGCCCGCAGUGCCCAGCAAAACUUGGCUGCUGACCAUUUUGCUACAGACCACUCGGAUCGCGAUUCAAGUGACCACUACUACGCUUAG